CUUCACAACUCAACUGGUCGUUAGGGUAACAUGUGGAUUAACCGCUCGUUUUUUCCAAUUUCAUUCUCAUCCCAUUGGACACUAAUGCAUUGAAAGUAUAAACUGUUGCGAUUCAAAACACUAGGUGGAUCCUGCCCUAACAGAGUACUGUAAUGGAGACUAAGUCCGGCAGUGCUCUCUCUAUCAUCAUCCAUAUAUAUCAGACCUCCUCCCUUCAUCCUUUACCUCUCCAUCAGCCAAGAUUAAUUUCACGUCCUUUCAUCCGAGGAAAGUCUUCGUAUCCGUUGUGAUAAGUUCAUAUCACAAUCACAUCAGAGGUGAUUCAGAGUUGUAGGCCACCACGGUUCGAAUGACACCUUACAAGAAAUCAUCACAUCACGAUUAUUCAAGAGGCUUCUUUAAGCUUCACGGACGUCCAUUCUGUCAAUCUCUGGCACCAACUUGAUUCAUCAUUUACACUCGAUAUUGUUUAACUCUUCGAAUAUAUAAACCUUACGAACACAAACCUUCAAUCUCCUAACCAUCUACUCUCCACCAGAGGCAGUGAAAAUUUCUUCAAAUACCUUUACCACAAAUACAGUCAACAUGGCGAUCCCAUUCGGUUUCAGUUUCGGCGAGGUUAUUCAUGGAGUUGGGAUCCUUAGAAACGCAUUCACAUCAAUCAGCGAAGCCGGAAAGGCAAACCUAGUUUUUGGAGAUGUCGCACAAGUUCUAUCCAGUCUUCACAAGCGUCUCGACGGUCUCGAGAGAUUUUUGAGUGAUCCAUCAUUUGGACCUCAGCGUGGUUCGAUGAUGCAAGUCAUCAGUGCGUGUCAGCACUGUAUAGAAAGAUUUGUCCAUCAAAGUUGCAGAUUGAACGGUAUCACCACCAAGGGAUCUUUAUGGUCUCACGAAGAAUUCUCCAAUAUUAUCGAAAAGAUCGAUUGGCUAGCUUGCAAGAAAUGGGAUGUCUCGCAGUUCAGGAAAGAACUUUCUAUUCAUGAUGACGCAGUAUCGAAUUUACUAUCGACGAUGCUUAGUACUCGUGACAUGGAAAAGGGACAGCUCACCCGCCAAAUCAACGAGAUCGUAACCACUCAACACAGAACGGUUCGAGGUGGUGGCAAAGCUUCUUCACGAGACGCUGCAGUUAGCAAUAAGGUUUUGAACGCACUGGCUGUCAUCAAUCCCCUCAUCGGAAGAAAGGAGAUUGAAGCUCGUACUGAUCGUCUCUUCAGUAAAUCGUGUGACUGGAUUCUCAACAACAAGAGUUACAAGUCCAUGAUUGAAAGCGAUCAAUCUGAUUUACUUUGGAUUCAUGGACAAGCAGGAAAGGGUAAAACCAUGCUUUCUAUGUAUCUCGUCGAUAUUCUCUCCAAGCAAGUCGCUCAAAACCCUUGUGAUCAAGUUGCAUACUUUUUCUGCGAUAACAACACGGAUCAGAGAAACUCGACUUUACAUGCUCUCAAGACCGUCCUCCAUCAAGUCUUGAAACAAAGUUCCCGGAAUGUGCUGUUGGAGGAUUUCAAACGUCAUGGACCUCAAAUGUUCGCAACUAUCGAGGGCGUCUGGACCGCUUUGACACAAGUACUUGAAGCAUCGACCACACGAAAUCUUUACCUGAUCAUUGAUGGUCUCGACGAAUGCACCGAUGAAUCUUUGGAUGUCUUCCUCAAGCUCGCAAGUACAUACAUUGCAUCCAACGUGGACGGACUUUGCAAUGUGAAAUGGAUUUUCACAAGUCGAAACGAAACAAGAAUCGAAGAAUACUUAAAGUUAUCCUGGGUGGUAGAUUUGGAAGAGACCGCCACCGAAGUCAGCGGAGCGGUUGACUCCUUUAUCGCUCACAAGGUAGAUGCCUUGGCUACUAAGAAGAGAUUCGAUGCACCUUUAAAACAAUUCGUGGCCGACAAAUUGAGGCAAAAAGCUGGAGGUAAUUUCCUCUUCAUCUCUCUUGCUUGCAAGGAACUCUUGAAGAAGAAUGUCUCUUUCAUCAAUGUUAAACUUGUGCUUGGCAAAUUCCCCGCUGGACUUGAUGCAUUGUACUCGAGAAUUCUCGAGGGAGUUUUGAAAUUGAGUGAGGAGGAUCAACAAACCGCCUUUUCAGUUCUUCGUGCAGUAGGAAUCGCUUUCAGACCUCUCAGUCUUAGAGAAUUGGCCGUCAUGGCAGCUUUCCCGGCAGCAGCUAUGGAUGAUGAAGAUAUGGUAUUGGAUGCUGUUGAAUUAUGUGGAUCAUUCCUAUCACUACAUCGCGAUCACCCAUACUUUGUCCACCGAUCCGCAAAAGAAUAUCUCCUCAACCACGAAACCGCCGGUAUCUUCUCCUCAGACCUUGAAUUUGAACACGAGAAAGCCGCUUUCAGAGCCCUCAAAUAUACAACCAGAGACUGGAAAUACUACCUCGAAAGUCUCGAGGAUGUUCCACUUUCCUCAUUACAAGAUCAGCCCUCCUCAGAAGACAGUCUUCAAUAUCCUCUCAUAUACUGGAUUAACCAUAGCAACAUUGCCGGUGCUCGCAUGAUGAAAUCCUACGCCCUCGAUCGCCAUUUCUUCCGUCGCAAUUGCGAUCUUCGCCGUACCUGGCUCCUCUACUUCAAAAAACAUCGCCACAUGACUAAUUUCUCCGCCAUCCAAAAUGUUCAUUUCUCAGCCCUUCACAUCUCAGCCGUAUGCGACACCUGGUGGGUAACCGAGAUCCUCCUCAAAAACAGCAGCACCUACAUCGACGUCGAAGAUUCCUUUGGUCUCACAGCUCUCCACUGGGCCGUCCACUGUGGAAAUGCCUCUGUAGCCAAAAUCCUCCUUCAAAAAGGCGCCGACCCAAAUAACAAAGGCGGAGUAACGGAUUUCAAAAAUGGCCCCCGGGAAGGUACACCACUUGGAUUGGCAAUCUCAUACAAUAACCUCGAAAUGUCCAAGCUUCUCCUCGCUCACGGCGCCGAUAUCGAUUGUCCUGAUCAUCAUUGCACCACGCCACUCGUAUGGACCAUCCGACAAAAUCUUCCCAAAUCAACCAAAUUUCUUCUUCAGCGGGGUGCGGAUCCCGUUUUGAGGGAUGAGGAAGGGAAGACUCCUCUUCAUGACGCUUGUGCGAGGGGUUAUGAAAAUAUUGCUAAGAUUUUAUUGAAUCAUGGUGCGGCGCCUGAUGCGAAAGAUGAUAGGGAUAUUAGUCCUGCUGGGGAUGCAUGGAGUGGUGGUCACAAGGGAUGUAUUAAGUUGUUGGAUGCUUAUGGGGUUAAGACUCCCGAAGGAGAAAUGGAGGAUGAAAGUAAAUGGGGAAAGGGCGGUGAUUUAUUAGCUGCGUAGUUGCGGCGAUGCGAUGGAUGUAACUGGAAGUUUUGUUUGGAUGAGGAGAAUCAAUCGAAAGAUUGAUCUUGCAUGAUAGAUGGAUGGAUGGAUGGGGUUAGGCGAAAUUUUAUGUGUGUUUUUUUUUGAU